AUGAAUCAAGGGAACCCUGGCUUCCGUGAAUCAGCGGUUUUGGUGGCCAUUGGUCUCCAACGAUGUCAGACAGUUUGUGUUGGCUUGCCCUGUCUGUGCGCAAAACAAGACCGCCCGCCACCCUCCCGCAGGUCUGCUCCAUCCCCUUCCCACCCCCUCCCGGCCUUGGUCUCACAUCGCCCUGGAUUUUGUGACUGGUCUUCCCCUGUCGAGCGGACACACUGUAAUUCUCACAGUGGUGGACCGCUCUCCAAUGCGGCCCAUUUCAUCCCUCUUCCCAAGCUUCCGUCCACCCGAGAGAUGUCUCAACUGAUGGUGGACCAUGGCUUCCGCCUACAUGGCCUUCCGGUUGACGUCGUGUCCGAUAGGGGUCCUCAGUUCAUCUCUCGGUUUUGGAAAGAAUUCUGUCGUCAGAUCUGGGCCUCAGCGAGUCUGUCGUCAGUGUGUGGUCAACGGGUAUGGCUCUCCACCAAGGACCUGCCUCUCCGGGUGCCUUCUCGUAAGCUGGCACCCAGGUUCAUUGGGCCAUUCCGGAUCACCAAGGUGGUUAACCCAGUGGCCGUACGUCUCAAGCUUCCCCCCAACCUUGGUCGAGUCCACCCUGUAAUCCAUGUAUCCAGGGUCAAGCCGGCAGUCACCUCCCCUCUCAACCCAGCCAGUUCUCGGGCCACCCCUCCCCCCCCCGCGGCUGGUGGACGGUGUCCAGGUCUAUACGGUAAGAAGACUCCUGGACAUCCGCCGUCGCGGCCGGGGCGUUCAGUAUUUGGUGGACUGGGAGGGCUAUGGCGCAGAAGAAAGGUCGUGGAUUCCCUCGCGGGAUGUGCUGGACCGGUCGCUGAUCGUGGACUUCCACCGGAGAUGAGCAGCUUGCAUCGGCGCUCCGGUCAGUGGUCAUCUCAACGAGAGGUCUUCCCGUGGGUGGACUCUCCAGCUACUCCUUCAGGCGCAACUUUUCCCCUCUCGGUCUACGCGGACUCCGAGUCGAGUGAGGUCACCAGGCGCUACCGCCCAACUCUCAGCACCGGCAGCCUAUCCUCGACUCUCCUCGCUGACUUUUGGCUCCUCCGGAGGGAAACGCUUGCAACCUGUUUUGUUGUUACAUUUCUCCCUGUCUUCGUCAGUGUAAAUAAAGACUCUGUUUUUUCCGCCCGCACUUGGGUCUCCCGUGGUUCUGUCAUGACAACAAAGAAAAGAUUUGACGUUCAUACAAUGGGUCUUUUAAGAUAA